AUGGGCUUGAACCUUUUCCGGGUCGUCGGGGACCUCUCCCAUCUCGUCUCCAUCGCCAUCCUGCUCCACAAGAUGGUCCAGCUGAAGAGCUGUUCCGGCAUCUCCUUCAAGUCACAGGCGCUCUACUUUAUCGUCUACGUGACAAGAUACCUGGACCUGUUCUCUACCAACAGCAUCUACAACGUCAUCUUCAAGAUCCUCUUCAUCUCGUCGCAGGGCUACAUUCUCUACCUCAUGACCACCUCCUUCAAGCCGACGAAUGAUCCCAACCUCGACACCUUCCGCGUCGAGUACCUCCUCGGCGGGGCUGCCGUGCUCGGCAUCCUCAUUCCGUACCAGUAUUCCUUUUCCGAGAUCUUCUGGGCCUUUUCUAUCUGGCUCGAGUCUGUCGCCAUCCUGCCACAGCUGUUUAUGCUGCAGCGCACCGGCGAGGCCGAGGCCAUCACGACACACUACCUCUUCGCCCUCGGCAUCUACCGCGCCUUCUACAUUCCCAACUGGAUCUACCGCUACGUGACGGAGCCCACCCACAAAGUCGACUGGAUCGCCAUUACCGCCGGCAUCGUGCAGACCGUCCUGUACAGCGACUUUUUCUGGAUUUACUACCAGAAGGUGUUCAAGGGCAAGAAGUUCAAGCUGCCGGUGUAA